AUGCCUGACUUCAAGAUCUCCGCUUCUCUUGAGGGUCACGGCGAUGAUGUUCGCGCUGUGGCCUUCCCAAACCCCAAUGCAGUCUUCUCCGCCUCUCGUGAUGCCACAGUCCGCUUAUGGAAGCUCGUUUCAACUCCGCCCCCCACCUAUGACUAUGCCAUCACAUCCCACGGUCAGGCAUUUAUCAACGCUUUAGCUUAUCUCCCACCAUCAUCUGAAUACCCGGAAGGUCUGGUUUUAUCGGGUGGUCAAGAUACCAUUAUCGAAGCCCGGCAGCCUGGGAAGACUGCGGAUGAUAAUGCAGAUGCCAUGUUAUUGGGCCAUGGGCACAAUAUUUGCGCUUUAGAUGUCUCUCCAGAUGGCAAGUGGGUCGUGAGUGGUAGCUGGGAUUCUACAGCUCGCCUCUGGCAGGUUGGCAAGUGGGAAGCCGAUGUGGUGCUGGAAGGACAUGAAGCCAGUGUUUGGGCUGUGUUAGCUUAUGAUAAGGACACCAUUAUCACCGGCUGUGCCGACAAUAUGAUUCGCGUAUUCAAUACCUCAGGAACACUCCUCGGAAGUGUCAAGAACUCCAAUGAUGUUGUUCGGGCUCUAUGCAAGGUUCCUGCGUCCAACCCGAGUGGAGCUCAUUUUGCAUCUGCUAGUAACGAUGGAAUUAUUCGACUCUACACUAUCAAGGGUGACUUAGUUGCUUCACUUCACGGUCACGAAAGCUUCGUUUACUCUCUUGCUGCAUUGCCCUCGGGCGAACUCGUCAGUGCAGGAGAAGACCGAACCGUUCGUGUCUGGAAUGGAUCUCAGUGUGUGCAGACCAUUACACAUCCCGCUAUCUCAGUAUGGAGUGUGGCAGCGUGUCAAGAAACCGGUGACAUUGUCACUGGUGCCAGUGACCGCGUUGCCCGCGUUUUCAGCAGAAACCCAGAACGACACGCAGCACCCGAGGUCAUUCAACAAUUUGACCAAGCAGUCAAAGAAUCAGCUAUUCCGGCGGAGCAAGUCGGUAAAGUUAACAAAGAACAACUUCCCGGCCCAGAAUUCCUCCAGCAAAAGUCAGGAACGAAGGAGGGUCAAGUACAGAUGAUCCACCAGGGAGAUGGUAGUAUCACUGCCCAUACUUGGUCAUCUGCGACACAAGAAUGGAUCGCUGUUGGUACAGUUGUUGAUUCGGCGGGAAGCAGUGGCCGCAAAACAGAAUAUCAAGGACAAGACUAUGACUAUGUCUUCGAUGUUGAUAUCGAAGACGGCAAGCCUCCGCUCAAGCUCCCCUAUAACGUCUCUCAGAACCCCUACGAAGCAGCGAAUAAGUUCAUUGGUGACAAUGAGCUGCCCAUUUCAUACCUCGAUCAGGUCGCGAACUUCAUUACACAGAAUACCCAAGGCGCCACUCUUGGCCAACCCCAACAACCCACAACCGAGGGCGCAGAUCCUUGGGGUUCAGAUCGACGAUACCGCCCCGGCGACGGAGAUGCUUCAGCCGCAGCAAACGCUCCGCCACCCGCUCCCGAACCACGCCCCCAAGUCCUACCCCAAAAGGCCUAUCUCUCCAUCCGUUCAGCCAACCUGAAAGUCAUUUCAAAGAAGCUGCAGGAGCUGAAUGACAAGGUUCAGGUUGAAGCUGGAAAGGAUAUCGCCUUAGAUCCGACUGAGAUGGAAGCCGUAGUUGCUCUGUGUAACCAGCUAGAGUCGUCCUCAAAGGCUCCAGACUCAACAGUUGUGGAAUCUGGACUUCCAUUGGUUUUCAGAAUCGCAACUGCCUGGCCUGAAUCUACCAGACUUCCUGGGUUGGAUCUUCUCCGUCUGCUGGCUGCUGCUGCGCCAUUAACCGCGUCAGCGGAAUAUGACGGCAACAACCUUGUAUCCGGAAUUAUCUCCAGUGGGGUGUUCAAUUCCCCUCUGAAUGUGAAUAACGCGAUGCUCUCCAUUCGGAUGCUUGCAAACCUCUUUGAGACAGACACAGGUCGGGAUUUGGCCAUGAGCACAUUUGAUCAGAUCGUCACUGCCGUUAAAGGUGCAUUGGCCAACAGUGGGGAUUCUCCAAACCGAAACCUGACUGUCGCCACCACCACAUUGUUCAUUAACUUUGCUGUCUAUAUUACCUCUGACGGCAGGGAAAAUGAUCCCGAAUCCGCAGAGCGGGGUCUGCUGCUUCUCGACGAGCUUACGAAGAUCAUAGCUGGAGAGAAGGAUUCUGAGGUCAUUUACCGAGCACUCGUUGCCUUGGGUACUUUGGUGAAGUCUUUGGGCGCUGAAAUCCAAAGUGCUGCCAAGGAGAUCUACGAACUUAACAAUGUUCUCGCACGGGUUUCUGGGUCGACUGCCGGAAAGGAGCCCAGAGUGAAGGGUAUUGUCGGGGAGAUUCGAGACAUGUCCAUUUAA